AUGUCCUACUUCCUUCCCCAUCUACCCUCCGGCUGGCAUGUUGAUGAGGCUAUCAAGUCUGAGGAAGAUCGCGUGGUUGUAAUCCGUUUCGGCCAUGAUUGGGACUCGCAGUGCAUGACGAUGGACGAGACGCUUUAUGGUGUCGCGGAGAAGGUGCAGAACUUCGCUGUGAUAUACCUCUGUGAUAUAACGAAGGUGCCGGACUUCAAUAAGAUGUACGAGCUAUACGACCCAUGUACUGUCAUGUUCUUUUACCGGAAUAAGCACAUCAUGAUCGAUUUGGGUACUGGUAACAACAAUAAGAUUAACUGGGCUAUGGACAACAAGCAGGAGAUGAUUGACAUCAUCGAGACAGUUUAUCGUGGCGCGUCUAAAGGCCGUGGUCUCGUCGUGUCCCCGAAGGACUACUCGACACGCUACCGGUACUAG